AUGCCUGUUUUCACCGAAUAUUCCGCGGCGUCGCGGGAGCUACGGGUUUUACCCUCUUUCGCACCCCCUCUCCCGCGUCUCUCGCCAGCACUCCCGUUAGAUACAGAGGGAGAGAGAUAUGAAGUUGUAAUUGCGGGUGCUGGACCUGCGGGCCUCAUGCUGGAGCUUUUACUUGCGCGCUACGGUUUGACAGAUGGAUCGCUGCUGUGCGUGGACUCGAAGCCCUCGACUCUGAAGUCCGGCCAGGCAGAUGGUCUGCAGCCACGCACCCUGGAGACGCUGAAGUCCCUUGGCUUAGCUGACGAAAUUUUGACGGAAGGCUGUCAGAUGUGGCAGGUCGCGUUCUGGAAUCCUUCGUCCGACCCUGAGAAGAUCAUCGAGCGCACCGCAAUUGUACCCGAUGUUGCUGUCCCAGCGCGGUAUCCGCACGAAGUCACCAUUCACCAAGGACGCAUCGAACGAAUUCUGGAAACAAAUCUGCUGCGCUAUUCUAAACGGGGUGUCCAGCGCAACUCGAAGCUCGUUGGUGCGAAAAUUGACGAACAAGGGGACGCGGAAUUCCCGGUUGUGGCAGAGAUUGAGACGGAAGGACACCGUCGAAUCGUUCGCUCGAAGUAUCUUGUCGGAGCGGAUGGCGCACACUCUGUCGUUCGACAGUCCAUGGGCCUCAAGCUCGAGGGCGAGUCGCUCGAUCAUAUCUGGGGCGUAGUUGACCUGGUGGUCGAUACGGACUUCCCUGAUAUUAGACGGCGCACGGCUAUACACUCGCCGGUGGGGUCGGUGAUGGUAAUUCCGCGCGAGCGCAUCGCAACGGGGGAUUAUCUUACCCGGCUGUAUGUGCAGGUGCCUGGUGAGAUUGACCCGGAGGCUCAGCAGGAUGGAACUAGCGCGCGGGUAUCUGCGGGAACAGAUGCUCGGACCAGAAGAAGCAAGGUUACAGAGAAGACUAUUUUCGAAAACGUGGCCGCGGCUUUUCAACCGUAUUACAUCCGACCGAAGACAGGAGGUGCGGUAGAUUGGUGGGCCGCAUAUCAAAUUGGCCAGCGUGUUACGGAUCGCUUUUCUGUUCGAGACUCCAAGGGUGUCAAUCGAGUAUUUAUUGCAGGUGAUGCUUGCCAUACCCACAGUCCAAAGGCUGGUCAAGGAAUGAAUGUGUCCAUGAUGGAUUCAUACAACCUGGCUUGGAAGCUUGCAUAUUCCAUUCACGGAUUGACGCCCCCGGGGUCUGCACAAAACCCGGACCCACUACUAGGCACGUAUCAUACGGAACGCCAUACAGUCGCUCAACAGCUCAUUGAUUUCGACCGAGAUUUUUCCUCCAUGUUCUCCGGGAAAAUCGGCGUUGCAGAGGAUGGCGCUAGCGGACUGACGCACGAGGAAUUCCUCAAUGUAUUUAGCCAAGGCAACGGCUUUACCAGCGGCUGCGGGAUAGAAUAUCCUGAAAAUUUAGCAGUUGUGAGGGAGUUGGGCGCCAAUACCAAUCCCAUCAGCGGGACAGACUAUCUAUCUGGGAUAUUGCGACCGGGGAGGAGGUUGUUAAACGUUCGCGCUAUUAGGCAUGCAGAUGGCUAUAGGCGCGACUUGCAAGAUGACUUUUUGUCCACUGGCAGGUUCCGUAUACUCUGCUUGACUUCACAAGAUCUACUCAAUUCUCAAGGUGUAUCCGCCCAAACACUGCGCAGUCUCGGUUCAGUCAUACAACAAUUCCCGCCUGUGAUCGAGCAGAUCGUCGUUCACCCAAAGCUAGAGAAAGAUUUCAUGUGGCAUGAUAUCCCGCAUGAAGUCAAGCAACACUCAGAGAUGUCUUUCUAUAGCGGAUACGAGCUGGACGAUGUGUACGGCAUUUUCGGGGUUAAUCCAACUGAAGGCGCAUUAGCUGCGGUUCGCCCCGAUGGCUAUGUGGGAGUAACAGCGGCUUUGCAUGAUGUUUCUCGGGUCCAGGAAUAUCUCGAAAGGCUUAUCCGAAAGUUGUAA